AUGUCCGAAGCUGAGGUCGUCCGAAGCGGUCCAUCUCAUUCCCUGGACCUCGAGCAUGGAUCUUUGGGAUUGGGUGCUCAAUCGGAGUCAAACACAGGACCCCAGCUGCUUCUGGGCAAUGACACGAGAGCCGCAACAGAGUCUCAACUGCUUCCGGCUCAUCUGAAGUGUGGCAUGUGGGCAUCUCUGGCACUAGCUACGGUUUUUGUGGCUGGUGCCAAGUUUUACUUCGAUCAUCAGGGUUCGGGAUUGGAAGUGUUGAUCUUCUGCGCUUUUUCGGCCACAUUCUUCCUUGCCGCCUGCACAGUUUCACUCUGCCGACGUUCACGCGACAUGCACUUCCCACCGAUCACGCCAUCAGUGGCUUCCGUUGAUCACGUUGUGGUCAACACGACAGCCGAAUCACCACAAAUCGUCCAUCAGCAAAAUGUUGCAAGUUUGUCACAACAAAGUGCAAAUGCUGCAACAAUUGUAGCUGUGACACCACCACCGGCUCCUCCGCCACCGUAUCAUAUUGCCAUCCUUUUGCCGGAAAAUUCAAAGGAAGUGGAAGAAUCACCACCUCCUGCGUACGACAAAAUUGUGAUUUAAGUAUCAUUUCAUGCUCGAAAAGGACAUUCGAUACAAUAUAAAAAAAAAGUAUUUUAAAGAACAUCUCAACGGACGAGCCAAUAGCAAAUUUCUCCAAUGGAUUUCUGUAUAAUGCUUGAAACAUAAGCCAUGUUUCAUUCUCAUAAUUCCACUAAUCUCAAAUCUACUGCCCUCUAGCGCAAAGCACUGAAUUACAGUGCGAUUAUAAAAAACAGUUGAACUGAAUCGAAUAUUUUCUAAAUGUGAUUAUUUUUAAAUGAAUUUUCAAUUCUUUUUCUAUAUCUAUAUGAUCUUUGUUUUACGAUGUGAAUAAAGAGAGGUAAAAAAAAGCUAUAAAAUGUAAAACAGAAAUGAAAAGAUUAUUGAGUAGUAUAAAGAAAUUAGAUGGAAGAUCUGUAUGUCAGAUUGCCAAUAAAGCAGAUAUUAAAAAACAAAGAACAAAA